AUGUCAAACUCAAGUUCGUCAACCACGAAGAGGAAGCAAAGAGAAUCGAUCUCUCCACCGCCCGUCAAACGGAAAGUCCAGAGCGGCACAACCAAGAACGCAGUUGCGAAUUUCUUCAAACCUACUUCGCAGAAGCCAAAAGACCGCACAAUAUGGACCGAACGCGCUCCGAACGAUGAUAUUCCUGCGACACUGCUCGUUGGCCGCUACGAACCAGAGGAGCCCUCAGCCGAGUCCGAAAAGAGGAGGAAGGUGGCUGCUUUUGACCUGGACUCGACCCUAAUCACAACGGCUUCGGGCAAGAAACAUGCCGACGCCGCUGAGGACUGGAAAUGGUGGCAUGCUUCUGUUCCUGGCAAGCUGCGGGACAUGUACAAUGACGAAGGAUACCGUAUUGUGGUACUGUCCAAUCAAGCCGGUAUCGUUCUUCACGCCGAUCCGAAAGCAAAAACGCCGAAAUCGACAAAAGACCGAGCCUCGGCAUUCAAGCAAAAGGUCAAUGCCGUUUUGACACAGCUCAACAUCCCGACCACUAUAUACGCAGCCACAGAGAAAGACAUAUAUAGAAAACCGAGGCCGGGGAUGUGGAAGGAACUUUGCGCUGAUUAUGACCUCACUGACGACGUCGACCUGGAGGGGAGCAUCUUCAUUGGUGACGCUGGUGGUCGCACUGCGGCAUCAAAAUUCUCCAAAGACUUCAGCUGCUCCGAUCGAAAUCUCGCCCACAACAUUGGAAUCACAUACAAGACACCAGAAGAAUUCUUCCUCGAUGAGAAGCCUCGGGACUUUGUCCGAGAAUUCGACAUCGUCCAUUUCCCAUACCCAGAGGAUCCCAAUUCGGAGGCGUCGAGUGCCCUGUUUGAGAAGAAGAACAAGCAAGACAUUGUUCUUUCCUGCGGCCCGCCAGGUGCUGGGAAGAGUACGUUCUUCUGGAAGUACCUCAAGCCAUUGGGUUAUGAGCGCAUCAAUCAAGACACUUUGAAGACGUCAGUUCAGCUUAAUAUGAUCAAGUCAUCUUAUGCAGGGCAGCUUAACCCCGAGUCACGAACGGCACUGCCUAGGAUGGCCUUCAACGGAUUCAAAUCCCGCUUCAAGGAACCAAAAGUAAAGGAGGGGUUCCAAGACAUUACCGAACUUGAGUUCGCCUUCAGAGGAACUAAGGAAGAGCACGAAGUGUGGGCCAAAUACUGGCUGUGA